AUGGCUUUGGAAGCGCGAGGGGAUGGAUCCAGUGUGGUGGGUGGCAUGGAACAAGGCGAGGAUGACGACUUCAUCCUGGACAUUGAUUUGCUCCAAGCCCACGGGAUCAAUGUGGCCGACAUCAAGAAACUGAAGACGGCCGGGAUUUGCACGGUGCGAGGCGUGCAAAUGAUCACCAAGAAGAAGCUGUGCAACAUCAAGGGCCUGAGUGAAGCCAAAGUGGACAAAAUCAAAGAGGCCAUCUUGAAAUUGCAAGGAGAAGGAGGCGGGGUGGGAUUCAUCACAGCCCUGCAGGCCAGUCUCAACCGUCGCAAUGUGUUUCGUUUGUCAUCUGGGAGUUCAGAAUUGGACAAGCUCCUGGGAGGAGGAGUGGAAUCCAUGUCGAUCACCGAAGCCUUUGGCGAGUUUCGAACCGGAAAGACCCAAUUGUCGCACACAUUAUGCGUCACAACGCAAAUGCCGGGCAACGGAGGCUAUACGGGGGGGAAGGUGGUUUAUCUGGAUACGGAAAACACAUUUCGACCCGACCGCCUGCGACCGAUUGCCGACCGGUUCAGUUUGGAUCAAGAAGCGGUCUUGGAUAAUGUGCUCUAUGCUCGGGCCUAUACUUCCGAGCAACAAAUGGAGCUUCUGGAUUUCGUAGCGGCCAAGUUCCACGAAGAGCCAGGGGUGUUCAAGUUAUUAAUCGUUGAUAGUAUCAUGGCCUUGUUCAGGGUAGAUUACUCCGGUCGGGGAGAGUUAGCGGACCGACAACAACAUUUGGCCCAAAUGAUGUCACGGCUUCAGAAAAUAUCGGAAGAGUAUAAUGUUGCCGUGUUUAUCACGAACCAAAUGACGGCUGAUCCUGGGGCUACUUUGUCUUUUCAAGCCGACCCCAAGAAACCCAUCGGGGGCAACAUUCUAGCUCAUGCCUCCACUACACGAAUUUCUUUGAGGAAAGGUCGCGGAGAGUGCAGAAUUGCGAAGAUUUAUGACAGCCCAGAUUUGCCGGAGAGUGAGGCCACGUUUGCCAUUUACAACGGGGGUAUUGGUGACCCCAAAGAUUGAUAACCAACAAAUGCACAAAUUCUUCCUGCUACGAAUUAACUGACAGGAUUCCAGACAUAUUUUAUCCUCAUGCCCGGAGAAGAACGAGUUUCUUCCUUGAAACCUUGUUUCUUGAACCAAGUAUGCCAUGUUCUGUAAGAUGUUUCUAAUACCAAUUUCUAAAUUCACAACAUUUUUGUUUAUUAUGGAUCCACUCCACUAGAACACUAGAAACCAGAAAAUAUGACCACAUGGUCUCACUUGAAGUGUGAUUGUUAAGAAUCUUUGAAAAUAAACGUCCAUCGAUCUCUCCUUA